CUAACUGUCAGAAAUCCGUGAAAAAUACACCGUUUCUGCAAGAAGACGGGAGAUGGUUACGAACGAAUAAAUUAUCCAGCCAAUGGAGCAAAUACACGACUUGCCAUCAUAUAUUGUAUUCCUCCUAAAGCAUCGUUUUCUGUCUAAAUGUCAAUGUCAUUCUCGUGUCUAGCUAGCCAAAUAGCUAGCUAAGGCCAGGGGGAGCUGGUGUCGACUAUACGUCCAAACAGUUGCCCACAGCAGUGGGAGGAGAGGCGUGUCACCAACACCAGAGCGCCAUGACUACACCAGGCUGCUGCCACCUGCCUGGCUCCCUGUGUGACUACUCAGACAGCACUGCCGACCUGCCCAAGGAGGUAGAGGAGCCAGAUGCCGGCCAGGCCCAGUACGUCGCUAAGGUUACGGCCAAAGAUGGCCGCCCACUCUCCACUGUUGUCAAGGCAAUGGGCUCACAGAGUAAUGAAGGCAUGUGUCGGAUCUGCCACGAGGGGGCCGGUGGUGAAAUGCUGCUCUCCCCUUGCAGCUGCACGGGGACACUGGGUAAGGUGCACAAGAGCUGCCUGGAGAAGUGGCUGUCCUCCUCCAACACCAGCUACUGUGAGCUCUGCCACACCGAGUUCACCGUCGAACGGCGACCCCAGCCCCUCACACAGUGGUUGCGGGACCCAGGCCCUCGCAGUGAGAAGCGCACGCUGCUGUGUGACAUGGCCUGCUUCAUGCUCAUCACGCCACUGGCGGCCAUCUCUGGCUGGCUGUGUCUGAGGGGAGCCCAGGACCACCUGACCCUCAACAGCCGGCUGGAGGCUGUGGGCCUCAUCGCCCUCACCAUUGCUCUCUUCACCAUCUACGUCCUCUGGACACUGGUAUCGUUCCGCUAUCACUGUCAGUUAUACUCGGAGUGGAGGAGGACCAAUCAGAAAGUGCGCCUGCUCAUGCCUGAAAUUAAAGGAGCGCACUCUACCCAACAUUCCGUCCCGACCAAGUCAACCAAGAAAAUGACUGACGAGACCAUCGUAUGAGCGCCGUGGUCUCACUUAAAAAAGUGUAAUAUAUCUUGAACUUCUGCACUUGUGGACCAUUCUGGGGAUUAUUUCUCCAUAUUCUCUAUUAUAUGAAACACUUGAGCCCAGAUAUUAACUAUAACCAGUGGUUUUGGGACGUGUUGGACUCGUGGAAUGAAGUGUCACUGAUGUCAUCGCUGGAUUAUGAACACUGGCCUGGAAAAUCAGGACACAAACGGAAGGACACAGCUAAUGUAGAGGGAUGUAACUGAUGCAGCAUGUUAAUACAGUAUAUCUGAAACAU